AUGAACUCAAAUGAUGAUGAUUUAUACUUAAGUGUUUCUGAAGAGAAGGAUUUAUACAAUUAUAGUGAAUGGGUUGCCAUCCUCUUAUAGGAUUAUGAACCCUAUAGAUAUUAAGAUAAAUAUGAUAAAUUGGUUAAUUAAUAUCAGAAGGAUGUACUCUUUUAAUAGAUGAUUUGGAUUGUACUCAAACUAGACAAAAAUAAGAACACUUUUGAUGAUCUUAUAGCUGCUGCUAUUCCUGGAGCUAAAACAAAAGGAUAUGAAGCUCCCAUUGAGAGAUUUCCUAAAUAAUAAGUUAUUGUCUCUAAAAAGGUUCUUAAAUUAAGGAGAAAACUACAGAAUUACAAUGUUCAAUUCGAUUUUGAAGAUGAGUAUCCUUUGCCUGAAUUUAAUAAAGAACUUGAAUUCAAAUUUGAUGUGAAUACAAUUUUAUAGCUCAUUUUAUAAUGA